AUAUGGUUCAAAGUUCUGCUCGUCAGACCGUGGACGACGCCUGUUUGUGUGACUGGCGGAAAGACACGCAACGUCAAAGACAGCCAUGUCAGAAGAGGUUGAGUUCGGCACGGAAGCACAAAACGAUGACUGUGUGGAUGCCAGACGUGGUGAUUCUCAGCAGCCACAAGGCUCCAGUGCUCGCAGACCUCAUGAACAUAGAGAUUUCAAAUCUCUCGAUGGCUCAUUCACAUACAACAUGAACUUUCCCAGCCUAGGACAGUGCAUCGUCAUCAACAAUAAGAACUUUGAGAAGAGUACAGGAAUGGGCUUACGUGAUGGGACAGAUGUGGAUGCUGCCAGUGUUUUCAAGGCGUUCUCAGCAGUGGGUUACAAGGUUAAAAUCUAUAAUGACCAAACUGUCUCAAGGAUGAAGAGCUUGUUGCAAUCAGUGGCCAAGCAGAACCACAAAGACUCGGCAUCAUUUGUUUGUGUGUUGCUAAGUCAUGGCGAUGAAGGGACGAUCUAUGGAACGGAUGGUUUGAUCGACCUGAAGGAGCUAACAGGCCUCUUCAGAGGAGACCGCUGUUCCACACUGGUCGGCAAGCCCAAGCUCUUCUUCAUCCAGGCCUGUCGAGGUUCGGCGUUGGAUGAUGGAGUUGAGGCAGAUUCAGUGAGUGAAGACUCAGGGGGAAGGAUUCCUGUAGAGGCAGACUUUCUCUAUGCCUAUUCCACUGCACCAGGCUACUACUCCUGGAGAAACACUUCUAACGGCUCCUGGUUUAUACAAUCACUGUGUGAGGUAUUGUCCAAGCGCAGCAAAGAGCUGGAGAUCAUGCAAAUCAUGACACGGGUCAACAGCAUGGUGGCACAUAGUUUUGAGUCUAACUCCAGUAUCCCAGGAUUCACGGGAAAGAGGCAGAUCCCAUGCAUUGUGUCUAUGCUGACCAAAGAGCUUUACUUCCCAUAACUACAUUUGAAAUAUAUGAGCAAUGCUGAUUAGAAAUUGUUUUUUUUUUUGAAUGGGUGCAGACCAUUGGACAAUAGUUUUAAUACAUUCCAAGAAUGACUAAGGGGUUUAAGACGUUGUCCAUUGUCAGAGCAUAACCUGUUAUUCUUAAUUCUGGCAUCUCUGGUAUCUGUCUGGAUAGACUGUGGAAUAGUGGGGGGUUAAACAGUGUUUGUGUGUUUGGUAGAAAAUGCAUGUCAACUAUUGUGCCAAAGAUCCAGUAGUUUUACUCUUAAAUACUAUUUAAAAUGUAUUUUGUACAUGACGUGAUUGAAUAGUUUGUGCAUAUUUCAACAUCAUGUCACAUUGGUGUUUGUGAAUAUGUGAACGGCAAAAGCCUUCAAAAUAAGGGGAAGUCUUUCAUAGAUUCUUAUGAAUGACCAUAUAUUUGAGUCAUGCAAAAUUAACAAUAAGUUUGUAAUGUCCUCAGUUUUGUUACUAUUGUCUUAAAUGGACUCUGGAAAACCUAUUGAAAAUUCACACUUUGUUUGACACAGUUUUCCUUUGAAAUUGGUGACAAAUAGAUGAUUAAUGUAGUCAGUUUUAUCCAAACCGGACUGGAUGUACAGGUUGCACUGCAUUGGACUUAGAUCAGAUAUACUGUGGCAGUAACAGAACACAAACCUUAACCUCUAGCCCCCCUUGCACAAUCACAGUAAGCACAGCCUGAUACAUAUAUUCUGAAAACACUGAGAUAAAGUUAUACGUAUUUUUCCUUUUUUAACCUCGCUUACACACUGCUCUGUAUCAAUAAGAGUGCUCUCAGGGAAAGAUAUAAAAACAGGGAUUUUUUAUUUUUUUUUAACAAUUUGAA